AUGAAUCUCAUGUUGUCCGCGUACAGAAUUAUCAUGCCAUCCAUCACCACGGCUACUCCAGCUUGUACUAGUAACCAAACAAAUAAACAUUUACCUACGGAUCAAACAGUAACAAUGGCAACACAUACUUCUGAGCAAGCACGAUGUACAAUUGAACAUCCAAAGACAACCACCGCACCUCACAACAUCCCCACACACCACCCAACCUCCGACACCUCACCUUCGACCCUCCCACCCAUCCCCACCUCCGACGGUCGGCGCAACUCCAGAGGCGAGAUCCUCAAGAGCUCGAUCGAGACAUGGAAGCCGAACAUGGGGCGCACGCAGAGCUGGAACCAGGAAGAUCUGAAGCGGAGGUUCUAUGCCGGGGAACUCGAUCCCGCGACUUCGAAGGCGCUGGAGGGUGAGGAGAAGGGCUUUACGGAGGUGGUGGGAGAGGAAGAUGGGGGCAGUGGGUUCAUGAAGGUUGGCGAGAAGCAGCAUCAUCAUUGGUCUUUGGGGAAAAUUGGGGGACAUGGGUCGGGUGGGAAUACAGCUGUUUGA